AUGGUCGCCAUUCCACUGAAUACGUUGACACAUAUGGGUAUUGGUUUGAGAAAAGGAGAUCCUCUUCUAGGGUUUUUCAACUAUUAUGUGCAAAAAUUUAAGGAAGCUGGAAUACUCGCUCUUUUAAAAUAUCGUGAGAAAGAAAUAAGUGAUAGCGAAUUCAAAGAAGAAGAAAAUCCAGUUUAUGCAUUCAGUAUGCAGAAUGUCUUUGUUGUUUUCAACAUUUUCAUGAUUGGACUUGGCAUAAGAUACGACGUCAUUGAUGAUACAUCAGUGCAUAUUAACAGCCUGAGCGCUAUAUAUUUGUACUGGGCACCAUAA